AUGGCAUCAUUUAAUCUCGAAUCUAAAUCUAGUCUCAUCUCGGGCAGUUCCCAUCGGGGUUGGACCACUUUAGAUAACACCUUUUUCAGUAGAUUGACGAAAGGGAUUCGCGAAACGAAGGAUAAUUCUACCUUCAGGAAACCCAGCGGAGACAGUUUAGGAGAAGAAGAUCCAUUUCCUCUACCCAGCAGUGAAAGGGGAGGAUUUCGUCCGAAAGUGAUUGUUUUCCCUUACAGUCAAUCGGGCUGUGAAUUUAAGGAUGAGACGGAUGAUCCCACUUCAACACAAGGUGUCUACACCUUCAUGGGUCCAGAUGUGAGGGUCAUGAGUCGUGUCACCGAGGUUGAAGCUGGUCGCACCUCUCAACGCCGAAUGGAAUUGGCCGAAAAAUGGGCUGCAUACGUAGAUCAAUCUGUAAACAUAGAUCGAAAACCUUUUUGGACUCUAAAUCUUGAGUGGGAAAAAGGAGACGACUUGCCUUCAUCCAUGGUCAGAUUUCAGGAUAUGACGUCAAAGGCGAUGGUCGAUAGUUAUUUGUCCUGGAUUGAUGACAAAUACAGAAAAACAUAUUUCAAGGAAAAAGGGCGAGACAUAGAUAUCAAAGAUGAGAUCGAUUUAGUCUCAGUUUGUACCGUCCAAGAUUUUGAAGGAGCACCCAACCCUUUUCAUCGAAUUCCCUCAGCCGACUUACCGUUAUCCUUUGAAGACUUCUCAGAGCACAUGAAAGUAAGAUAUAAUGGCUAUUUCAUGGGAGAUCCGGGGCAACAACUCAAGUCUUCAAAGGCACCUCCAUCGCGUAAACUGUACUCCAUAAUCAAGCCGACAACCAUUGAUGCCAUCAAUAGCUCUAACACGAGCGAUAAUAAUAACCAAGAUACCGGUACAAGUUAA